GGCGUUCGAGAUAUGUUGAGGCCUUGGAUUGCCUCCAGUGGAAACGACUAGAAAAGUUGAAUUUUUAACGUGGUGUGAUCAUCUUCAGAAGCCAACAUCAACAAAACCCAUGAGUUGAAACGUUAUGAAAGAUGAGUGAGAAGAAAUUGAUUUCAAGAUGGUUACGUCCGACGAUUGCACUCGUGGUGCUAGUGAUGCCACAAUUCAACAGUGCCAGAGUAGAAAAUGUGGUGGUAGUGAUGCCCAAAGGACCGAGGACACUGCAGAUGCUCGGAUCGAUAAGUCCUCAGCUACUGCAUACGAUAAGUGAUGUGCUGAAGCCAGUGCCAUCCAACGUGGUUCAGAUUCCGAUCCCGUACUACCCUGAAUACGGAAAUAUUCCACCGAUCAAUCAUCCAAAACACUACCCAACAAAGGCGCUCAACAGUGCGUACUUCAAAAGUCCCUUUGCUUACCAUGUUCCACCCCCGACAUAUAGCACCGCGCCAUCGUACAAUUCACACACCAAUUCAUUCCCCAACAAAUUUUAUUACCCAUUCAAUUUCGAUAUCCAAAGCAUCCAACCCGGUCCCUACGACACUCCUUUCAUUCCCAAGCUUAAACCCAGCCCAGUAAACCCCUUGCACCUCGAUAAUCCACCAGAAAUCCGAUUCACCCCCAUCAAUCUACUCCCACCAGCGCCACCAUCCUUCGAUACGAUCCGCAACUACGUUCAGAAGCUCAAAGCCAAACAGAAGGACUUCUUCGACACCCAAGGUUUCGAAUACGGCCUGUUCACGCAGCCCAAUACCAAGCCAACCACCUAUCACAGGCCUGUAGAGCAGAACAAGAAGCAAAAAUAUAAGCACAAACCGAAAUACGAAGCACUGUUCUCAAAGCACCCGAACGAGCUGUCCUAUAUCGGGAAUGCCAAUCUGGAGCCUCAAAACGACGAUAGCGUGUACUACACGGAACCAGACGCAGGAACUAAAUUCUUCUAUGCCAAUGCCGACGGUCACGAGUUUGUACUGCCCCCGCAAGCGGACGACUUCAAGCCAAUCCAUCUGGACGGAAUCGUAGACCCGGAAGAUGCCCACUUUGAACAACACGGAGAUCAAUACCUUCUGAAGACAAAGCACCCGAACGCAGCGGCUGUAACCGCGGAGGAGCUGGAUGACUUCAUUCAAAAUGAAAACGAGUACGGAUUUGCGUCUCAGCAUACAUUUUCGGAUAAGUGGAACGACCCCAAGGCACCAAAUCAGGAGCAUCAUCGUAACAAGCGGUACAAGAAAUUCGAUCGAGUGGGUCGUGCCAACGGAGAUCAGGAUGUCGAAGCAGAUUUCUACGACUCCGAUGAGGGGAAGAAGAAAUUCGGUGAACUGGACUUCGAUGACGCCGAAGAAGAAGUCCGAGCGCAUGAAAACUUCGAACCGAAGAAAACUUACACGCAAGUACGGCACCAGGAAACGACCAAGAUACAACCAAAACCGCAAGAUGAACCCAAGAUCAAGGAAAAGGUAACCAUUUCCAGAACGAACAUUGUGUAUUCUGAGAAGGGAAAAGAGGACGAGCAUUUCGAUCAUGGACGGGAGGAAUCGUUUGGUGAGUUCCGUUCGAAGUCCAAGAAGCCCAAGAAGCAUCGAAGUAAACGGGGCAUCUCGGAAGUCGAGCCACCGGCACUGGGGGACGGCAACAAGACCACCGAUCCCAGACCGACGAGUUCGGAAUCGGACGAAGAUAGCAGCAGUCGAGAAAACGAACUGGAUUACGAGUACUCACCAGAGUAUGAAUACAUGGAAGAUAUGAACGAUACGGAAAGCAUUUACCUUCCGUAUGCCCAGGCGUUAGUGUUUCAGAACGACACGGACAUGUUCCUGCUUCCAAUUCCGGAAGCGUUGGUAGAUCCAAGGGAAUUGCAUGGAGAAGAUCUGCUCAAUUUUCUGGAUGAAGCCAUCAAAAACUCGACGGAAUUUUUGCCACCGGACGAGGAGAAAGUGAUCAAGAUCAGUCCGGAGAUCCAAAGUCUGCAGGGCGCGGAUUUAAUUCAGUAUUUGGAUGAGGCGAUCAAAACCUCUAACCAGUAUCUGGUCAACGGGCCGGAAGACGCAAUCGAGUUGGUCAAUCCUCCCCGUUUGGGGGGUGAACUAGAGCCUGAAGAAAAACCGGCCGAGCCGAUAAAAGCAGAUCAUGUGUUUGAGUAUGAAAUGGAAGCUCCCAAGCCGGAGGACAUUCACGGAGAGGUGCUGAGGUACACCCAGCAGCAGGUGCUACCGGAUGCUCCGGAAUAUGAGGCGGUGAGUUUUGUGCAACCAUUCAAGACCUUACUAAGAUACCAUAAGGAUGUACCCCAGGACUAUGAGAUUGAAUUUGAAUCUCAAGAGCCGAGAACGUUGCAAGGGGAGGACCUGUUACGGUAUCUGGACGAGGCCAUUGGCAAUACGACUUUGUACCUUCCGGAAGAUUACGAUGACAGCAAGCAGUCUACACCAUACUUGAACCGAGCAUUCCACUAUGUAGACGUGGAUACGGCACUGAAAUAUGCGGAAAACAUUACCACUGAGGUGUCGGAUUAUUUGAACGGCCGGAUCAAGAAGAAUGAAGUCCAUUCGGGAAAGGAAGGUGAUUCCUUCAAUGAUAAUGGCUUUGUGCCAGUUCGAAGCGUUACUUCUAAUGCCGAGAACGUUGCACCAAGACAGCCCAACUCCAACGGUUUGCACCAUGACGGUCAGCAGAAACAAUCCAAUCCGGCAGUAGCCGUCUACAACGAUGUGAUACGUCACAUCAAGAAUCACAUGUCCGUCAGUAAGACUUCCAAGUCCAAAAAUAGUAAUGUGUUUAUGAUAGCAGUUCCUAGGAGUAUGCGAGCAAAUCUUACUCGGAAAGCUCAGCGAAGGGAGGAUGGCACCGAUGAUGGUGUAUCGCAUGCACAAGUCUUCUCCCUACCCAUCUUCGACAUCACUCAGUUCUAUCCGGCGAUAUUUUCAAAAACAGAAGAAGAUAGAGCCCAUGAACAGCAGGACGAAAUAAAACAAGCCCUAGAGCAGGAAGCCGAGCGGCUUGUUGAGAAACAGAGUAGGAAACCGACGAAAAAGGAUCAGUCGACACAUGAGCAGCGGCUUGCAACACGAGCCUACUACCGAGACGACAUCUCAGAAGCCUUCCGAGAACGUUCUCGCUAUCGGGGUCCACAUCCGGGCCCUCAGGGCUUCUCGCCGAACUCCUACGAUGUGAAGGAAAAGAUUCGCGACUACCCACAGCCUACUUUCAAGAAACCAGGCCCACCGUACACAGCCCUACCCCAACCGCCGAGUAGUUCCAAACAAAAACAAUCAACGCUGAAUGCCGCCAGCAGCCAGCGAGCUGUAAGGCAUCAUCCUCCCCCUCAUCAUUCACUUCCACACAAGCGGAAAAGGACUCACAAGCGCCCACGCAAAACCGUGAAACGGGUCCCAGCAGUGGUGCGGACAAAGCUUCGCAUCAUCAAACGUUGAAGGCGUCCGUGACGCGAUGAACGCGGACGUUUUCCCCUGUCGAAAAAGCGUAGAAUUAGCGAGUCAGCCGAUGACUUCCCUCCAAGAGAUAGUGUAUCAUUACCCGCUACCGCUUGUUCCUGCUGUGCACUGUUAUUUUUCUAACGUUCAAAUGAGCCGGCCGCCUGCACGGUGGGGAAUGGCCACGCAGUUCCGAAUCGGUGUGAAAUACAAUCCCACUUCCCACCGUGCAGGCCGGAAUCGACUCCAACUCGCUCGCUCAGUCCUCAAUUAGAGAUUUAAGCCAACCUGCCGCGCACAUAUUUAUUUUUUCCCAUAAGACUUAAGAUGAAUAGCGAGCGAAUCAUCACGAAGAAGUAGGUUUAGCAAGUAAGAAAACUAGCAAAAAGUGAAUGUAAUUUUAAGGUGAAUAAAAACAAACGCUGAUUAAAUUA